UACAAAAUUAUUCUGAGCGCUAUAGGUUUCUCAAAAACUUUUCUUUAGUGCACCGAAACAAGCUGCUAACAACAACACAUGCGAGGAUUGCAAUCGUCAGUUGUGUUCGGCUAGUAAUCUCAAACGUCAUCGAGCUACGUGCAAGAUUGUGAUGCAAAAGCAGUACUCAAGAAAUGGAGGCGUUGUUUCACCUGUGUCGAAGCCAGUCCAGCAGCAGAAGUGGCAACCAGUUGAAAUAGCCGCUCGAGAACGAAUGAUCAUCGAUCGUUCUUAUGCAGCUGCUUUAGCGGCAAGUCAAGAAGCUCGACAGCAUAUGCCACAACAACAGUCUCAAAUGAUCGCUCGAACGGGUGGAGAUAACACGGGAUCUUUUGUAAUUGUUCAAGACCAGGGUGUCGUAGGAGAAAGGCCAUGGGUAUGCUAA